GUGCUGUAAGUGAGGUUCGUGAGUGGAGCCCAGCCUUAUAUGGACUGAUCGCUCGGGCAAUGGCCCAUUUUUUCCUCGCCACCAGCCGCCACCGCGCGCGGAGCGGCCGCUGGAGCCCGAGCUGACGGCACCUUGGCACCUCUCCUGGAGUUACAAACUGAGGCCGGCCGGCGCCUGGCCCGCAGGCCGCCAGUCCCCGCGUGCAUUUCCGCGUGCUUUCAUAGAAGAGAGAGGCGCUGGGUGGGCUUGAUUUUUCCCCUCCCUUCCCCCACUGUUUCCUUCUCUCUUUUUAAAUAAUAAUUAUCCCAAUAAUUAAAGCCCAUCCCCCCUUCCCGUCCCUCCCGCUCCCCACCCCCUCCCCCGCCCGCCGGGGUUGGGGAGAGCCAGAAUUGACCCAGUGAAGCUACAACUUUGCGCUAUAAAUUGCGGGGGUCCUGAACCAUGUCGCUGACCAACACAAAGACGGGCUUUUCGGUCAAGGACAUCUUGGACCUGCCGGACACCAACGAUGAGGAAGGCUCGGUGGCCGAAGGGCCGGAGGAGGAGAGCGAAGGUCCGGAACCCGCCAAGAGGGCCGGGUCGCUGGGGCAGAGCGCGCUGGACGCGGUGCAGAGCCUGCCCCUGAAGAGCCCUUUCUACGACAGCAGCGACAACCCCUACACGCGCUGGCUGGCCAGCACCGAGGGCCUCCAGUACUCCCUGCACGGACUAGCGGCCGGCGCGCCCCCCCAAGAUUCCAGUUCCAAGUCCCCCGAGCCCUCCGCAGACGAGUCACCGGACAAUGACAAGGAGACUCCGGGCGGCGGGGGGGACGCAGGGAAGAAGAGGAAGCGGAGAGUGCUCUUCUCCAAGGCGCAGACCUACGAGCUGGAGCGGCGAUUCCGGCAGCAGCGGUACCUGUCGGCGCCCGAGCGCGAGCACCUGGCCAGCCUCAUCCGCCUCACGCCCACGCAGGUGAAGAUCUGGUUCCAGAACCACCGCUACAAGAUGAAGCGCGCCCGGGCCGAGAAAGGUAUGGAGGUGACGCCCCUGCCCUCGCCGCGCCGGGUGGCCGUGCCGGUGUUGGUCAGAGAUGGCAAACCGUGCCACGCGCUCAAAGCCCAGGACCUAGCAGCCGCCACCUUCCAGGCGGGCAUCCCCUUUUCGGCCUACAGCGCGCAGUCGCUUCAACACAUGCAGUACAACGCCCAGUACAGCUCGGCCAGCACCCCCCAGUACCCGACAGCACACCCCCUGGUCCAGGCCCAGCAGUGGACUUGGUGAGCGCCGCCCUGUGUGAGACUUGACACCCCAGGCCCUGGUCCCACCCCGGCGGCGGCGGCGGCAGAGGCGGCGGCGAGGAGGACUCAGUCCUUAAGAUGGUUAUUAUUAUUAUUAUAAUUAUUAUUAUAGAGUCGAGGUGAUGCUCGGCUCCAUUUGGGGGAGGCGCCGGGAGGUUGCCUGCGCCCCCUUCUCGGAGUGGCAGACUCCAUUUACCGACUCUGCCCCCCAUCCCUCUCUCCUUUGAACCUUUGGGGAGGGUUGGACUUUCGGCCGUGUUUACAGAAUGUUUGCUCAGCUUCCGCUUCUUGGCCUCUCCCUGGUGUGUGUGGGGGGACCAGACCAUGCCAACCAACGUUAAAGUCGUCACUUGAACAGAGAUAAAGACUGACCCCCCCACCCCGCCCCGCUUUCGUGAAUUUUGUAAAAUAUGUUCGUGUGA